CUAUUGCAGAAGGAGAUUCAUGCAAAAAUCAAUGCCACCUGAACCAAGAAUGGCACAACAAGCUCAAGCAUUAGCAUGCGACGCUAAAAAAAAUGGAUAAGAAUAAUGAAGGCGCCGACAACUUUCAUUUUUGGUGAAGGCCACUGGAGUGUGGGAGCAGGUACAAAAGCAGACGCUUUCUUGUCUUCAGUGCUACAACAGACGUGAAGGACGAUCAUUGGUACCGACUCGCCAAAAAUAUGUUCGGCCGUCUUACAACAUUAAGAAAGCCAUCGAAAUGGCGUAGCCCCUUUGGGGCUACUCGUGGGGUGCUAGCCUCUGUACUAUUGGUAGUGUACUUGCUGCUCGUUUUUGAUGACACCAAUCGGAGUUGGAUAAGGAGUUGGAUAAGAAGUUGGGAGACGAGCUUGCAUAUGGUAACGGACGGCUUUUGCGGACUGAGCAGCUCGUCGAAGCAAAGAAUAAGCGGGAGGAGGUGUUGUUGCAGUGGAAGAAAUGCCAGCGACGACGUUAGAUCUAGUUGUAGCCUCCGUGGUUGUAGUUGUAAUUCCUCUAGUCCACCUCUACAACUAGAAGUACGGCCGCGUCCUACUCGCACCAGCUUUUCUUCGUCAUCGUUUUUCGUUGGCGCCAUGAAGACAAAGACUGAACCCUUGGCGGAAACCGUGAAGCAGUUUCUCGAUGAUGAAUGUAUCCCAUAUCCUAGACCCCAAUUUGUUGAUUCACUCCUAGAGUUGGCCCUGACAGGCGUCGAGGCCAUGCAAGCACUGCACUUGCGGACACCUGGUGAAGCCUUCCUAGUGCAAAUGCGCGGGAUUUACGACCUACUAGCCUUCCACCCUUAUGUAAGGCUGAUGUUGAGCGUAUCAGUAACAGUAUUGUUCAAGUCUACCUCUUUUUAUUGCUUUAUUCCGUUUCAUCAUUACGAGCAGCUCUUUACCCGGUCCCAGGCCCAGCGGUCUGAUUGUUAUUCUUUCUGAGCCACCUGCACCUCCUCGUCGAUCAAGACCUCCUCGUCGCUCGUCAUUCACACGCAUGUUCCCCCCACCUGCUCCUCGUCUAAUUCGCUCAGCCUUCGAGUGUCCACUCCUCCUUACCGGAGCCCUCAGGAAAGGCGCGGAUUUAGCGUUAGCAAUCGGGCACAGAAAUCGCGCACGUGUGCUGUUGCAAGUGGGGAAUAUGUUCAAGCUUAGCGCCAUGUCCAGAUGGUGGACUGUUGUGGGGGAGUACAAUUAAGGCUACCGCUCGAGCAUCCUCAACGUCGGCCCUGGCUAUUUUUCUACUUGAAAAUGGAGCCAACAAGGACAUAAGACACUGCUUACUUAUAAUAUAAGUAGAUGAAAAACUACAAUCUUUAACAUGGGCUCUUCACGCAAUGCUGUUUCUCCUAUAUGAUCGACAAGGAUAUAAUCACUCGACCGCAAUAGCUCUAAUACAAACAGAGAAAAGAAAAGCCGCCUAAGGAACUACAGCGCUUUCACCCAAGGAUGCAAAUGGACUAUAGCUUGGGUUUGAGCGUCCUCACAGCGGACCUGAUGGAACAGCCGAAACCGAUUGUGAAUUAUGACUUUUGAUGAUCGUUACCGUUAGUCACGACGUAAAUAUACGAAGGCUAGUAGGUUCAUUCUUUGACUUUGAGAAUAGUUUCGCAGCUUUAUUCUCCACUGAAAUAAACGAGGUGUCAUGACACGACAUGACAUACGGAGUCGGAGAGGGUUCACUUUCACUUAGUAGACUGACACUUCUGAGGUCGUAGUCGUACUUCUACUUCAUCUUCAGAUUCUGAUGUUCUUUUUCAAAUAUUCACAUUCACUUCCGGAAUAUGUAAGUCUUGUACCUUCUCGACGUCCUCGCGACGAGGCUGGUUCUUCAUUCUUUGAGAAUACUCUUCCGGAAAUUAUUACUUUUUGCAAUUCUAACUACUGUCCAAAUGGAGUGGGGUACCGGCAGCAGAGCGAAUAAGACCAAAGAUUGACGUGUUGUCUAUCUGCGUGUACAAGCCUGACGACACGAGCAACACUGUAUUAGACUCCCCGCUUCCUCAGAUGUCGCCUCUGAACCAUCGACAAUACGUAAACUUCACUGAUCUCAACGGAUACUUUCUUUUAUGGGCAACAGAAAAGACUUGGACUUAUAUUCUAACAUAGCUAACUCUUGGCGUCAGAAACGUUCUCCGUGUACCCCUACGCGUAAACCAAAGUGCAGCUCUACUCGCAGGAACAGGACCACAACUACAAGACUUCUCACUCUUCAUAUUCCCACCAACCCUUCUCCUCUUCAUAUUUAUACAAGAACAGGACCACAACUCCCCAACCUCCUCACUCUUCAUAUUCCCACACGAGUCUGCUCACUCCACCUGACGUGGAGGCGCACUACAGUAAGUUUCUGGCUGUGAUGCAACAUCUGUCGCGAAACCCAGAGACGGAGUGGGUGUUCUUCAUAGAUUGUGAUGCAUUCUUCACGGACUUCGAUACGACACCUUACGAUCUCGUUGAAACCUACGGUGGCCCUAACAGUGAAGUAAAUUUCAUUGUAGCAGAAGACACAGGCGGAAUCAACACGGGAGUUUUCAUGGUCUUCAAUUUUCUAGUACAGCUUUCAGAGUAUUCGUGAAAUAAAUCGUAGUAUUAAGUACUUACACCAUAUUGCACAAAAAAACGUUAUCAUUAUCGUUUUUUUGAUUUUCUGAGCUUUGCAUACUCAUGCCGACCCGAUACUUGGAUGCUGGAGGCGGAGGAGUGGCAGUAGCAGGCCGUGGAUAUUCAUCAGGUACCUGAGUAUGUUUUUGCGGAUAGGUUUGCAAGUAGUCGACGUUGGCUAUGAAAUUCGUGAUGUUUCUGGAGAGUACUAAGGGUGUGGCCUUUACUUGAUAUUAUCCACAAAGUCACGUUCUCCAUAACUGCGGAACCACCUGGUUCUGCACAACGACCACCAGCACACUUAUGAGAGCUCAGUAAAUGCACAGAAAGGCCACACCCGAUGAGUAACUUCAUUGUUUCAACCUCACAAAGCAUCACCCUUCUCAAUCAUAAAUAUGCAAAAUAACAGGUACCUCUGUGCCUGGUGAAGCCCAACUUCGGCCAACGACGUGCCGCUAUAUCCCCGCUCUUGCAACCUAGUGGGCUUUUUAAGCUGAGAAAAUCAAAAAAACGAUAAUGAUAGCGUUUUUUUGUGCGAUACACCACAUAUUUACCUACACCUAUGAAAUAACGACCUUGCACCCUAUAUCCGUUCGUAACCGAACUGGGGAUCCCAUCGUCAUCUUGCUUGAUUACCAGGUCCGCAACACGCCAUGGUCUUUAGAGUAUCUUGAGCGGGUUACCCGGUCUCCGUAUACCACAGCAUGGGAUCAGUCCAUGUUCUUCAUGGAAAUCGUUAACACGACUUUAUGGGAUUAUAGCGAUGAUUUUAGGUACUUUGUUUUUCUUUGUUAUCUUUGGGACUAUAGCGAUGAUUUUAGGUACUUACUUCUCUGUUACGGGCGCUUGACUCGUUGCAUGCAACUUAGUUGAAAAACAUGUUAUAUCUACAAUUCUUUCUCGCCACUCUGCAUCCUCGUACAUCAGGCUCCCAUCCGAGGUCGCUUUUCUGCAUCAGGCUCAUUUGAAUGCGUUCGUUCCGCCAGCGUCGAAAGAUUGGCAAGCCUAUGAAUGGCAGAAGGGUGACUUCGCAAGACAUUUCGCAGGCUGUCCGUGGCAGGAAGCGCCAUGCCUCAAUAUGAUGUAUGAAACGAUGGACUACGUGGAGGAACGGUAUGGACCGCAACUGCGCUCAAGGUUAAGGCUCAAUAUUUUUCAUUUCUACGACUCAUUUCUCGCAGUUUAUUAUCCCGUUUUUCUCGGCUCAUAUUUAUGUCACGCUCAACAGUUAUUUCUCGCAGUUUCCUCCUUGGGAUUCCGGAGAAAUGAAGGACAGAAAUGAAAGGUUUUGAGCUCUAACGAGGAACAUUGGUAGAGUCGACCCACCACCGAAGGGUGAAUAUGUAACGAGAUUACAUCGGGGAUGAACAAGAUGAAGAUGGUGAAAACGUUUAACGAACAUCAAAUGACGUUUCUUCAAUUUAAACUUCGCUUGUGACGCUUGUUAAAAAUAAUGAAGGUGAAGAGAGUACUUGUUAGAUCCGAAUCCGAACACCAAAAGAUGAUUUAAGACCAGCUUUUGUUGCAACGCUGUACUCAGCCGUUAUUGGUUCUCGGUUACAACGUAUACUCGAUAAGAUUCACAACGCUAGAGGAAAUGAACGUGAUAGUAGUGGAAAUGAUGUUACUACGACUGAUGUAGUUGCCGCGAGCAAAUACUAACUGUCGAAUCACUGACAUUUGUCGAAGAUGCACAAAAAGCAUCUACGAAGCUCCUGCUACCGUGGGUCCUCCCCGUUUUGCUGCGGACAAGCUCUACA